GUAGUUGCAUCGCAUGAGUUCAUAAAGCAGCCCUGUUUUUUUGCCUGAUACAAAUGCAUAUUAUGUGUUAUUGAAGGAGGGAGCACCUUUCAAUUAAUAGACUAAUGUCAUUGUCCAUCCAAUUGGCAACAUGACAAACAGUUGAGACUGUUUUUCUUUCAAUGUGUUUAUCUAUGCAAGCCAACAAGUAUUGGCCGCUUCCUUUGAUUACUGUGGGCACGUAUUCAUUAGACCCACCUCUCACAACUCUCCCAUCUCAAUCCGCCUAGUAGGGCUUGCUUUUGAGAGCGUCAUGAGGACAGACCGUCUUCUCUCUUCCACGCAAGUUGAACAAGAAGAUGGACAACGGUAGCUUCGAAGACGGUGCCAACACAACACUUGACAUCAAUCAGGAUUCCUGCGCCAUGAUGAGGAACCCGGUGUUUCGUUUUAUCCUGUAUGGCUUCUUCUUUAUUGGUAUCAUCUGCACAGUGGUGGGCAACUUCCUGGUGGUCUUGUCGAUUUCCUACUUUAAACAGCUGCAGUCGCCCACAAACUCCUUUGUCAUGUCCCUAGCCGUGGCUGACUGCCUCGUGGGCCUGGUCGUAAUGCCUUACAGUAUGAUUCGGACAGUGGAAGGGUGCUGGUUCUUUGGUUCCCUUUUUUGUCAGCUCCACUCCAGCCUCGACGUCAUGCUGUGUACUGCUUCCAUAUUCCAUCUGAGUUGCAUCGCCUUUGAUCGCUACUAUGCCGUCUGCAACCCACUAGUUUAUUCUUUGAAAAUGUCUCCAAGUCGAGUGGCUUUCCUCAUUGUCAUCUGCUGGGUCGUUCCUAUUCUUAUUUCCUUCGGUCCGAUCAUGCUAGGCCUCCAUAUUGCUGGAGUUGACAUCCUGCUCCCUCAAGAGGUCUGUGUUUUCCUGGUCAAUCGCGUCUACGCUGUCAUGGCUUCCUUGAUAGCCUUCUACCUGCCCAUGGCUAUCAUGCUGGUGGCCUACUGGAAGAUAUUCAAAGCAGCCAGACGGCAGGCAAGGCAGAUCAGCGCCAUGGAAAGCCAGAUGGCGGCUGGAGUGGGAAAAGACUCAAGCAAAAAGAAAAAGCACCGCAACACCAUGAAGAGAGAGCGAAAGGCAGCGAAAACCUUGGGCAUCAUCAUGGGAGUCUUCCUCAUCUUCUGGAUGCCAUUUUUUACUGUCAACAUUGUGGACCCCUUCAUAAAUUACAGCACUGAAGUGGUCAUCUGGGACAUAUUUUUAUGGCUGGGAUAUAUCAACUCAUCAUUAAAUCCCUUCCUGUAUGGUUUCUUUAAUCGCUCAUUUCGGAAGGCAUUCUUCAUGUUCAUGGGCUGCAGUGUUUGCCGACCUGGAAUAUCCCCUGGGAUGGAGCUAUCACAUACCAGGAAAGAAAUUAAUGACUGUGCCGAUAAGUAAUAUAAUGAUUUUUGUGGUGCGUUGGAAGUGAUGGUUGAGAGCUGAGCCAUUUUUGGGUCGACCUGCCUUAAAUACAUUCUCGAUCACUUCUUAGCCUUGUGGUAUUUGUAUUUAUUUUUUAAUGAAAGCCUUUUUUAAUUCCAAUUCAUUCACCCAUGGAAAUGCAAA